AUGGCCAACAAUCAUCAGUCAAUUACCCCAGCUCCAUUCCCGGAAUAUGCUGAGUUUUUAAGAAGGCUCACUGCUAUAGAGGAAAGCCUCAAGACUAUGGAUUGCAAUAUUGACAUUGUCAUCAAGGGCAACAAAGAUCCAUUGGAAAUACUUGAUAACAUUGCCAAUGCCUUUGGAGAACUCCUUGCAGUUAUUGCUCCUACUACUAUAUCUGCUUCUGCUUCUGUCCCUUUCGCAGCUUCUUCCAUUGGUUCUACUCUGGAUUGGCAUACAACACCUUCGGAGACUUUUUUGGCAUCUCUUCUGCUGCUCCUUCUGUCAGUCCAGUGGUUCUUACUGGUGCAAACGCUGGUGAAAUUAACUCUUAUCCGAGGAGAGUUGAAGAAACACAACUUCAAAUCAAAUAAGCUGGAACUAGUUGCAGCUAAUGACAGCAAGCACAGUUGGGAUGUUAAUGUUGAUUACAGACUUCUACCCAACAGACAGCUGAUGCAUGACCUUCAUGCAUAUCUGGCUCCAAAGCAUUUUGACCAUCGCAAGCUGACCUACUAUACAUUCAAGACUGAAAUUGAUGUGAAGGUGGGUAAGAGCUGUGACAGACUCUUACAGAAAGAAGCAAUGUCUGAGGACGAAUCUGAAAACAAUAUGUCUGGAGUCUUGAGUAACUGUUACAAUCACUUUCUUGUGGUUGUUGAUGAUUUUAUGCAUAAUUGCAUGGACUUCAAUUCGCAUCAGAUUUUGAAGAGGUCUUUUGGUAGAGAUGCUAUUUUAGCAGUCCCGUCUAGAUUGACAUCCCUUCUCUCUCAUUGGACUUUUAGAGAUGAGUUUCAAUAA